UACAUGGGCGAUAAUAGGCGAAAAUAAAAAAUUUAAAUUUUGGCGGCAGCAAAUUUAAACAAUAAUGACGUUAUGAAAAGCUAUAUUACGCUUGUUUGAGAUUAUUCAUAAUCAAUAAAACCUAUAACAUACAAAAAUCGUGUUAUUUACGUCAUAAAGCCACCAUAUAUACGGAUUUUAGAUUUACCAGAAAUUCAAGCAUGUUAAAGUAUCAAACACCAAAUGUUUUACUGACAAUGUUACAGAUGUAGGAGCACCGUGUCUGAGGGACUAAGUAUACUCCAUAGUGUUUACUGCUGUUUAAUACCGAUGAAGACAUCAUGAUGAUAUCAUGAUAUCCUUGAAAAUGCUCAAUUCUAAAUGUAUUUGACAAUGCAGUAACACAACUUGAACGAUGACUCAAUGUCUCAGUGUGACAUCUGUCACAUCGACAAUCAAGGAAAAUUUCGUUGAUGACAUUGAGGUCUCAGAACCUGAUGAGCCAACCAAAAUCAAUGUCACGUCUCUGGACUUCAGACUCCCAGCAAAAUCAGUUUUUAAAAAGCCAUGGACUCCACCUUCCAAAGGUGUUCUAGUGCCGAGGAAGACUAAAGGUAUACCAAGGUCCAAGAACAUUGCUGAAACAUUGCUCAUGAAACUAGCUGCAACUAGUCAAAGGAAGCGAAACAUGAUAAAAGAAGAACCAAACUCAACAAACAAGACCAAAAAGGUGCAAUGGAGCCAAUGUCCAGCAGUGUGUGAUACAUGGGACCUAACCAAGUGGACACAUCAAGACUUAGCACAACACAUAUCACAUCUGAAAAUAUCUCCACUUCAGCGGGGCAAGUGGAUCUUCUCAUUAGACAACAUAGGUAAUCCAGAUAGAGGGGCCAAUAUAUGGAGUGAAGUGUGUGUAAUGAUCACUAAGGGGCUUCUCCCUCACUGUAAUGCUUGCCUUAGAGAAAACCAGGAUAUCUGGGUGUAUUGUGACUGUAACAAUGCAAUAAAGAUUUACAAUACACUUAAAGAGACCUUCACAGUAUCCCACAAAUUAACAUUUCAUAUAAUUGGAGAGAACAUUUCUAUUGAAAGAUAGCAAAUGGAUGUUGUUUUAGUAUUUAUGCCAUUAUUCUGAGGACAUUUGUGUGGAAUUGCUGUGUUAUCAAUUUUCUUGCAUCAAGAAUGUUAAGAGGCCAUGGGGUCCAAAGGCUGGCAGUGAAUGAUACUCUCUAGGCCUAGACAAUGAUAAGAUUUGAUUUUAUCUAACAUCCAUGUUAGAUAAUGAGGGAGUACUGCAAGUUGAGCUCUACUUACAUAUUGAUAUUAUAAAUUCCUUUGGAUUUUUAGUUGCAUUUAUUCCAUUGUAUUGCAUUUUAAAAGCAUGUUUAUGUCACCACCCAAAGUGGUUACAUAUUGCUAUAGUC